UUAAUUACAACCAGCAUUUACACUGCAUAUCCCCACCUACUGUGUCAAUGCAUACACAAAGACAGUAUUUACAAUAUAUAGCUAUACAUGAUACAUAUAAUAUACAUACUGGAAUACAUAUGCAGUUUGUUGAAUACAGAAAACAGGAAAAGCUUUUAAAAAACUAGUGAUAUGAUUUGUCUCAAACAUUCACACAAUCUAUCCAUGGCCCAUACAUAUGAUGACCUAAUGGUCUACUGCACUUUGUUUCAUACAUAAAAGAAUAAUUUGUUUUAUUUAUUCAUUUUAUUAGUUUAUCUGAAAGGGAAAAUGCUCAAUGAUCAGCAGAGAAAAAGAUAAUCAAACAAUUACAAGGCUCAUUGUCAUCUGUUGUCCAUGGAAAAAUGUUGAAAACGUCUUAUACAAUUCAUGCACACAACAUAAUAAAUAUGCACCAACUAGCACAUCCACUAAUAAAUAAUGUUACAAUAUAACACAGUGGUUUUGUUGAUGUAAAUUGAUAUAAUUUUAACAAUUUUGGAGACACUAGUAGCAAAAGCAGCUAAGUUUACAUUUCAUUAAAAUAAUAUUAUCAUAAAAUUAACUGCAUGUUCAUUCAUCAUUCGUUCAUCAAACUGUCUAUAACCCUAAAGUCACACUGCUAGCAUGGCUAAAAAUAAAUAUUGCAUAUGUAUAAUAAAUAAAUCAAGGACAUAUUAACCCCCCUAAAAUAGUGUACAUAUUAAUUUUGUAUGUCCUCAUUUCACUCUUGUGAACAAUACCUGUCUUGUUCGUCCCUCUAAUAUAAUAUAUAACUGAUUACAAUCAUUUCAGAUUUGUAUCUUUGAUCUUUGUUACCUGUAUCCAAAGCCUUCUGCUGUGUAUUUUCCAGUUUACCCAUAGACUACAUCCACUUCCUGUUCUUGUCAUUACGUUAUCGCUUACUACUGUAAGCACAGAUCAGUGACCUUUGGUUUGUGUACUUUCUCAUACCUACAUCCCAUUUUUCAGCAAUGUCAGUCUGCACAUAUAAACGUAAUGUGAAAUCUGUGAUGAAUAAAUCAGUGUGCAGAUACACAUUUCUAUCACUGUCACACAGCACACGUGAUUCAUGGCUCUGGGACUUCCUCAGUUUUGCAGCCUAGUGCUGUGUUUUCUGAAUAUUAACAAGAAGGUGCUUAUUGCCUCAGAGAGGGCUCCCAAUGAUUUGUACAAGAGUGCAGAAUUUGCUGAUAGCUGAUAUUAUUCCCAGGGGGUUUGUUUCACAAGCAACAGUCACAAUAAUGACACCAAGGAGAUGACUGAAAUUUAUUACAGCAGUUGUGAAUUUCUUCGAAAUGUCCAGGGAGAUCGAAACUGUGUGAGCUAUACGGCUAGACUUUGAGCCGUAAGGACAAACAUUCUACACUGCCCUCAUUACAGGUGGCAGUUUCCCACGUUGCUUUAGUCAUCUGCCACACCAACUGAUUAUAAGCAGGCGAAUCAACAGUAGAGUAUGUGUACAGUUAUUGCAUAACUACCUACUUACUUUGCAUGCGAACUUCUAUAAAUGAGUGAGGCCACAAGGUGAUUGACAUUUGAGGCUUGGAGCUGAAGGUAUUCGAGGCUCAGAAUGGAUAAAGGCUGCUGGAAACAGACGCUGGCUCUUCUUGUGGUGUUGGCCAGCACAUACACAGAGGCUUCAUUUUCCUGGCACAUGGAUGACUUCAUCAAGGCGGUAAAGCAGGUGGAAGAUGGGAGCCCUGGGUUGAAGCCAGUAGCUGUGUUGAAGAGUCUGCGCAGGGCAGCUGGCCUUAAUGAUGCAUUCAUUCAGCACUUCCUUGGUGAUGCAAACUCUGGUGGUCCUGAAUUUGAUGCUAGCCUCUCAAAUUACAUCAGCAAGGCCUUGCGUCACAGGGUGACUGAAGGUGCCAGAGAAGAAGGUGUGGUUCUGACUUCUGAUGGCACCACUGUUGCCCUCAGACCGCUCCUCCUGGGCAUCGAGGCUGGUUUCCUCUCCACAGGUCGAGGGCAUGUUCGGGGCCUGCACCCGCUCACUCUGGCUAAAGACCUCUGCCAUGCUUUCAGGCACAGCACUCCUCUCACCCAGAGUCUGGGACCUGAUGGCUGCUGGGACAGCGUAACCUCUCCUCAGGUGUUCACCCUCUUGGACAGCCCUUCUCCGCUCACCACCGCUCAGGUCAACGGUGGCAUGGAUGGUUUUGUUCUAGGGAUGGAGUUGUCUGUUAAAUCCAGACGUCCCCUCAAGCUCAGCAGUCUGCUGACAGCGUACUACUGCCACCACCUGGAGAAUGAUGGACUGGACACUGCCCCGCAACUCAUCAGCCGACGUCGCAGGGAGAACUUCAGAGGGCUGGUCGUCCCUCCGGUGCUGGCAAGACAGGCGGUGAAAUCAGUAGACCUGCAGGGAAGACUGAAGGGGCGCCCAAAGAUGGAUGUGAAGGAGAAGAAGCAGUUGAGGGCUGUGGUGAAAGAGGGAAUGAAAGAGUUUGUCCAUAAAUACAUGGAUUGCCCACCCAUCAUACCACGGUGUAUGUGGGGUGCAGAGCCGUACAGAGGAACACCCACCAACCUGACACUUCCUCUCUCUUUCAUGUACAUCCACCACACUCACACACCGAGCCAGCCCUGCCUGACCUUCCAGCAGUGCUCUGCAGACAUGCGCUCCAUGCAGCGCUUCCACCAGGAAGACAGAGGCUGGGACGACAUAGGAUACAGCUUCGUUGCUGGUUCUGACGGGCACAUCUACGAGGGCCGAGGCUGGCACUGGAGAGGAGCUCACACCCUCGCACACAACUCCAAAGGCUUUGGUGUCUCCUUCAUUGGAGACUACAUGACUAGACUGCCCUCCCAGCAUGCCAUGGGGCUGGUGAGAGAUCAGCUGGCAUCCUGCGCUGUUGGUGGAGGUCGACUGGAAGCCAACUUCAUCGUGCAUGGGCACAGACAGGUGGUGAACACUACCUGUCCUGGAGAUGCUCUCUAUAAUGAGAUCAGAGGCUGGGAACACUUCGGGGUACGUAGUACUGACAUCAUUGACAAAAAGUGCUAUAUGUUCUUAGAAAAGAACAAAUGAGUGAGCUGCUGUCCAAAAGUAGAGGAUGCAAGACUCUGCAGCCUUCUUUAAUCAGGUUUCAGCAUCACUGUUCUGAUUACAAUUUGUUUUAAGCAUACAGUUCUCCUAUUAGUUUUUGUUGCAUGGCUUUAUGUUAAUGUUUCUUUCAUGUUUCAUUUUCUUCUUUUUAGGAGGUCAAGAAAUCAAAAUGAUCUGCUUGACAAGAGGAAGAGCUGUGAAUAAACUAAAGGUUAACACAAUAAAUAUUUGCCUCAUCCUUAUGCUCUGAUUGUUGCCAUUUUCUUCAGUCCUGGCUUGAAUGAGCUGGACAAACUGUUUCAUAAAGCCG